AUUUCAUGUAAAUAUGGAUAGAAGACCAUCAGGAUUUUCAAAAAUACCUCCAAUUAAUUCAAGAUCUGUAUUAAUUGCUAUAGAUGGUUCUGAACAUUCAAAAAAAGCAUUUCAAUAUUAUUUAAAAUGGUUACAAAGACCAGAUGAUACAAUAACAAUUUAUCAUGCUGUAGAACCAGUCUCAUUACCAACUAUAUCAUUAUCAAAUCCAAUUAGUAUACCAAGUGAUGAAUGGUCAAAUCUUGUGCAAACUAAUGUAAAACGUGUACGUGAAUUAGAAAAUGAUUAUAGUACAGAUUGUUUAGCACAUAAUUUAACAUAUCAAUUUUUAUAUGAACCAGUUGAACAUAUUGGUGCAGCUAUUGUUCAAAAUGCUGAAAAAUAUAAUGUACAUUUAAUAAUUGUUGGAAGUCGUGGUUUAGGUGCUAUCAAACGUACCAUUAUGGGAAGUGUUAGUGAUUAUGUUGUACAUCAUGCUAAUACAGCUGUAUGUGUUAUUCCUUGUAUGACAGAACAAAAGAAUUCUUGUAAAAAUUGAAUUCUUUUUCAAUUAUCCAAUAGUUAAAUCAUAUGUAAACAUGUGUUGAUAUAUUGAAUUAAACAUCUAUAUACAUAUAUAGUAUGGUAUAAUGUGAAUAUGAAUGUUUAUUCUUUAUCUUACUUUUCUCUAUUUUCUUUUCUUCACAAUCACAUAUAUUUCUUUUCUGAAAUAUAUUGAUAGUUAUUGAUUUUCGAUUUGAUGAUCGAUUAUUAUCAUUUCAUCACAAUCAAAUUCAUUGUUAUGUAACAUAUAAAUAUUCAUGAGUGAGUACAUUAUGGUGUUGUUUUGUUCGAUAGAGUUUUUCUUUUUUUUUUAAAACGACAUUUGUUUCUAGAUGUUUGUUAUUUUAACAAUAAUCAAAUAUAGAAUUAACUAAUGAUAAAGAUUAGCAAAUAAUAAAUGAGUUUUUUUU